AGAAAUUGUCCAAUAAAUGAGUGGCGAUUGUAAUACAUUUGUGAGAAUAUUCAGCAAAAGUCAUGUCAAUAGGAUUUAUCGGCGCCGGGAAAAUAGCCCAGGCAUUGAUGAAGGGCUUAGUGUCAGCCGGCAUAUCUAAAGCCGACAGAAUACUAGCCAGCGCUCCAAAGGCAGACUUCAAGUGCCACCAGGAUACUCAGUUGUUGGGCUGCAGAACCACUUAUCAUAACAACGAUGUGCUCAACAACUCGGAGAUUGUGGUCCUCGCCGUCAAACCCCAUGUAUUUCCUGCACUACUGAAUGAAAUCGAGGCGAAUGUCACGGAAAAGCAUUUAUUAAUAUCAAUAGCACUCGGAAUAGAGAUCUCGUGCAUUGAGAAUGCAUUGCCCGCAAGCAGUCGAGUGGUUAGAGUGAUGUCGAAUACCCCGGUGCUCAUCAGGGAAGGAGCUUCGGUCUACUCGUGCGGAACCAACGUUACUAAAGCCGACUCACAAACCGUACGAAAACUGUUUACAAGUGUUGGGAUGUGUGAAGAGAUUCCGGAGGCGCUCAUCGAUGCGGUCACUGCUCUGAGCGGUUCGGGACCGGCAUAUUUGUACACUUGUAUGGAAGCACUGGCCGACGCGGGUGUCCUACAAGGCAUACCAAGAGAUCUAUCCCUAAAACUGGUCGCACAGACAAUGAUUGGAUCUGCGCGAAUGGUUCUCGAGACUAAUAAACAUCCGGCAGCUCUAAAGGACGACGUGUGUUCACCGGCCGGCUGUACGAUACACGCUAUGUAUCACUUGGAAAAGAAUGGCUUAAGAGCUCUUCUCAUGGAAGCCGUAUCGAAAGGUACAGAAGUCGCUCACUGGAAGUCCAAAAAUGGCAAACAUAGUGGCCCAUGA